AGUGGGUAGUAGGACUGUUGGGAACGGCGUGGCGAGCAGUCGCGGGACCUGGACCAAGGGACGCCCUGAGACACAGAACCGGCUCGCUCGAGAAAAGCAGGAUCCUCGCUUGUCUUCGUCCUACAUACAAAUGCCCUGUUCUUGGAAGCGUGCCGUGCUCCUGUCCGUGCAUGAGCUCACGCAUGAGCCUGUGCCCACCACGCCCUCUUUUGGCAUUGACAUGUUCAACGUCACCACCCAAGUCCUCGGGUCUGCUCUUAACAGGACCCUUCCAGAGGACAACUGCCCAGACACCGAGUGGUGGAGCUGGCUCAACGCCACCCAGGCUCCCUUCCUCUGGGUCCUCUUCCUGCUGGCUGCCCUGGAGAACAUCUUCGUCCUCAGUGUGUUCUGCCUGCACAAGAACAACUGCACGGUGGCCGAGAUCUACCUGGGCAACCUGGCAGCUGCGGACCUCAUCCUGGCCUGUGGGUUGCCCUUCUGGGCCAUCACCAUUGCCAAUAACUUCGACUGGGUCUUUGGAGAGGUAUUGUGCCGCGUGGUGAACACCAUGAUCUACAUGAACCUCUACAGUAGCAUCUGCUUCCUGAUGCUCGUGAGUAUCGACCGCUACCUGGCGCUGGUGAAGACCAUGUCCAUGGGCCGGAUGCGCGGGGUGCGCUGGGCCAAACUCUACAGCCUGGUGAUCUGGGGCUGCACGCUGCUCCUGAGUUCACCCAUGUUGGUGUUCAGGACCAUGAUGGACUACAGCGAAGAGGGCUACAACGUCACCGCCUGCGUCAUCGCCUACCCGUCCCGUUCCUGGGAGGUGUUCACCAACGUGUUGCUGAACCUGGUGGGUUUCCUCCUGCCCCUGAGCGUCAUCACCUUCUGCACGGUGCGGAUCAUGCAGGUGCUGAGGAACAAUGAGAUGAAGAAAUUCAAGGAGGUCCAGACCGAGAGGAAGGCCACCGUGCUGGUGCUGGCCGUCCUGGGACUCUUCGUGCUGUGUUGGGUGCCUUUCCAGAUCAGCACCUUCCUGGACACGCUGCUGCGUCUCGGCGUGCUGUCGGGAUGCUGGGACGAGCACAUCGUAGAUGUCAUCACACAGAUCAGUUCCUACGUGGCCUACAGCAACAGCUGCCUCAACCCGCUGGUGUAUGUGAUCGUGGGCAAGCGCUUCCGGAAGAAGUCCCGAGAGGUGUACCGGGCGCUCUGCCGGAAGGGAGGCUGCAUGGGAGAAGCCACCCAGAUGGAGAACUCCAUGGGGACUCUGAGGACCUCCAUCUCGGUAGAACGGCAGAUCCACAAGCUGCAGGAUUGGGCAGGGAAGAAGCAGUGAGCAGAGACCACCAGGCAGGACUACCGCCAAGUGUGUGAGGACUGGUGGGACCCGAGUUCCUCAGCCUGGCUUCGGGAAGGAGCUUGAAGCACCCUAGGCAGCCCCGGGGAAUCAGGCAGGCGACUCCAGCCCUGUCUCAUGGCACAAGCACGCUGUGAGGACUGGGUACCCUGGUGCACAGCAGGACUAUUCUUACUGGCUGGUGCUCUAAUUCCCGUGACUGAAGGGGUCAUGGGGCAUGGGUGGGAGUGACAGAGCGUCCUUCCCUUUGGGGGAAGGACAGCUCUCCUGCCAGCUUUGGCCCUGUGGCUACAUGCACAGUAGACAUGGCUGCCACCUUUCCCAGUUUUUUCGAGGGUAUAAGAUUUAUUGGCCUUCUGGAGGUUAAAAUCUGCAAUCUCAGGAAAGAGCCCAGAGACUGGGAUUUUGUGUCUCCUCUCACCCAUGGACAAGGUGAACAACACAAAAGAAGAGCCCCAAAGCAUUAAUGGAGCACUUGCUGAAUACACGGCAUUGGAAACUGUGGGCAAGAGGGAAGAACUGCAUGUGUAAUGUCUUAUGGGAGCUCUGAUGUUAGCGGAGAAUGCCGAGGACGCAGUCCCUAGAGGGCUGCUGAUGGUGUGUCAAAGCAAGGAACUAUGGGAGACGGGAGAGUACAGGGCCUGGGCGAGCCAGUAGCCCUGAGCAUGGUAGUAGUCUGAUCCCUGCCUCUGCCUCUUCUGCUGUAAUGUGAGGGUGUCCUGUGCUUUGAAAAAGUGGAGUGUUACAUGGCUGUGAGGCUUUAGGAUACACACAUCACAUGCAGACGCAUCAGAACACGCAUCACACGGAGACACUUGGCACAGAGAAAGCCACUCGGGCUGAAGAGCUACUCUGUGGGAACACUCAGUGUUGGAGGGCCCAGGACCUGCCUGCAGGUAUCUGAGGCCCUCACUCCCUCCUGCCUUCCUCUCCUGGUAUCCCACCCCUGUGCAUGUACAACAAAGCAUUUCGUACACAGAAAGGGCCAGAGACAGCAAGUGUUGUUUUUUGCAAUGACACAAGGAAAAAGAAUUCUGAUGGCACCUGCCCAGGGAAGCCACACCUCACAGCCUGGCUGCAAAUUGGUAGCUGUCCGGGAGAGUCUAUGCUGCUUCACAGGGUCCCUGUCUCAGUGACCAAGGGCUGCUAAUUAGUGGUUUAUGUAAGAGUGGCUCACAAAGCCGGGACUAUCAAAGAGCAGCUGGCCCAUCCAAGGUGACUUAACCAACUCCCUACAGGGCCGCAGAGUGCCUCCUGAGUGGGUGGGCAGAGCUGUGAGUGGGUGGGCGGAGCUGCCUGGGCCCGGGGAACUCAGGCAUGAGAACCACUCCCACCUGCAUAUUGAGCAGGUCGUCCACUAGAGAUGGAGGAUAGCCUCCUGAAUGGCUUCGGGGCCAGUGGGAUCCCCACGAGAACUUACUCCAGGGGCCUUGGGUGAGCUCAGCUAUCAGUGGAGACAGUGCCCCAGCAACUCUGCCAGAGACUCGGAUGAUGGACACCAUACUUGUAGUUCUGGAAUCUUCCAUGGGAGUUAAUUUUACUUCGUGUCCAUAUCGGUUCCUUUUCUAGGACCUGUGAGGCCACUUAAGGGAGAGGGAAGGGUUAUUUUGUUUCUCAGUGUCAAAAAAAGGCUGUGUAGCAGGGACUGUAUGGUGAACAGAGCACCUGACAGAAGCAUCGUAUUUCAGAGGGGACCAGUAAACGUAGACGUGGCUGGAACCAGGGCGGCGUAUGACGGUCAAAGGUCCGACCCUUGUGACCUUUCACCUAUGAGGGGCAUCCUACAUCCUAAAGGUUCCAUCACUUUCCAAAAUAAGGCCAGCAGUCAGGAAUGAAGGGAGGUGCAUUUCAGACUCAACUGUAACAAUGUCACUCCGGACUGGCAGUCCCCUGUGGCUAACACUACAUCAAGACCCAGGGGACAUAUGAGGCAAAUAUCAAACAGCCGCUAACACCAAGCCGCUUAGAAGCUGACCACUCAAUAGCCUGGGGCUACAGAGACUCAGGAAAUGAGCAGAGUUCACUGGUGUUUCCACAGGCUGGAGCCAAGGGAGAACCUAUGUGGCAAAAGGCCCAUGAAUCCCCACCAACCAGACUUUGAAUUUCAGUAACAGAUAAGACCCUGGGAAGUUCUUUUUCCACCCCAUCUUCCCAGACACUAGUCCAACAAGCACACAGAACACUUGUAGCCCAAAGAAGGAAGCAGAUAGCAUACAGCUAGAGUGCUAGGACUCAGGGCUAGACUGGACCCAACCACACCCCGCUGUGAAGGAGAAGCAGGGUCCCCUCCUCAGAAGAGGAGCUGGUGGUGAGGAACGUGGCUGGCCACAGCCCGGGCCCCUCAGAGUGGCUGAAGGAUCUGGAACUGGGCCACUGCAGGGUCUGCAACUAGGUCUGUGGGAGAGAAACCCCCUUGUACCUUGUGUCGACACCCUGAUGAGAAAUUGUGUCCAGUGAAAGAUGCAGAGAGCUCUGUACCGUGCAGUGGAAGUGGCUGGGGUGCCGAGUGGGGAGGAGCUCUGUGUAAGCGCACACCUCUUCUGUGCACUGGAAUAAACA